AUGUUUGGAAGCUGCUACAAGUAUAAUGUUAAGCCAAUUAAUGGACAUGAAAUGUGGCCAGCAAAUGAUAUGAAUACCAUCUUACCACCAAAGCGUAGAAGAUUGCCUGGCAGACCAAAGACAAACAGGAAGAAAUGCAUUUUAGAAAGAAGUGACAGACACACUGUCAGCAAAGUUGGGACCACUUCUAAAUGCAAUUUAUGUUCCCAACCAGGUCAUAACAAGAGGAAAUGUCCUCUGAAACAGCUUAAUGCAGUAGAUGAUUCAGAUCUCUUUGAUUACCAUGAGCUAUUUGAGGGUGAGGGGCAGGGUCAAGGGCAAGGACAGGGAGAAGGACAGGGACAAGGCCAUGGGGAAGCUGAGGAUGUUGGAGUUGAUUUAGAGGAUGAGGUUGGAGGUGAUUCAGGGAAAGAAGUUGAAGGAGAUUCAGAGGAUGAUUUAGAGAUGCAGGUUGAACAACUAGUUGAUGAAGAAGUGGUGAAUCAUCAUGUGGUUGCUCCAACUUUGAAAAGGAGAAAGUGUGGUCCUUCUCAGAGGAACAUAAAACUUCGGUUGAGGAGGAAGGUGGUGACCAAGGAUGAUACAGGGGGAAGUCUUGAAAAUCCUGUAACACUCUAG